GUUGAGGAUCGUUUAUCUCAUUAGAGCUCAUUGGAGGGACCCGGUAUUCUUGCCGAUGCCACUACCAGUCGUGCGGCACAGGGAUUCAGAUAACGUGAACAUGAUAGCCGGGAAAUUUAUCAUUUCUGGAGAUCUAGUCCACACGACCAGGAUCCCUAUCAGGCAAUGAUGUACACCCUGGCCGGCACUUUACCUAUAGAAACAAGAAGCCCAGCUACCACCCGAAGAUGUUUGAGAAUUUGUAUUCACUCGCCGCACGUGACCAAUCCAGCACAUCGGAAUCAUGAACGCAGCGGAUACUUCAACGCCCAUCGCCCCUGUACAAUCACAUCUAAUCUUUGGUGGUCUGGUAGCUUGGGGUAUCAGUCACGCUACAUCGAGAUUUGCAACCUGGAGGAUAUUCUUCCUUUGCAUUGGCCUCCUCACCAUCAUCGUUGGUGGGUUGGUUUGCCAUUUAUUGCCUGAUAGCCCGGUUAAGGCAAGACGGUUCACGGAGUCCGAGAAAGUGGCUGCGCUGUUACGAGUAAAGGAGAAUCAAAGUGGCACUCAAAACGCCGUGAUUAAAAAAGAUCAGAUACUUGAAGCAUUCACCGACAUCCGCGUUUGGCUCAUUUUCAUCUCCACCCUCCUCUCUAGCAUCCCCAACGGCGGCCUCUCCAUCUUUAACAAUAUCCUGCUCACAACUUUUGGCUACACAAACCAACAAGCCCUGAUCUUCGAUAUCCCCCAGGGUGCUGUCGGUAUUGUUUUCGUCCUACUCACAGGUUACCUCAGCGACAAAUGGGGUGACCGCAGUAUUACCAUGCUCGUCUGUAUACUGCCCACCAUCCUCGCUGCAGGCCUCAUGUACGGCUUCGUCGCUGAAGACGGAACACCCCUGAACAAACCUGCACUGCUUGCAGGAAGUAUCCUUAGUGGGACAUUUGGCGCAGCAUUCAUGCUGAGCCUUGCGUGGAACGCGAGUAACAUCGCUGGACACUCCAAAAAAGUUGUCACAUACGCACUGACACUUGUCGGAUUCUGCAUAGGCAACAUUCUAGGUACACAGACGUUUCAGGACGAUGAGGCGCCGGGCUACAGUAGUGGCAAGGUGAGUGUAAUGGCGACACUGUCUGCGCUAAUAGUAGUAAUCAUCGGGCUGAGGUUAUAUAAUGAUCAUCUUAACAGGGUCAAUGAGAGGACUCUGGAGGCAAUGGGCGAGGCGGAUAGGGAGGCCUUGAGAGAGCAGAUGGCUUUUGCGGAUCUCAGCGACCGCAGAAAUCCGUUCUUUAAGUAUACGCACUAA